AUGGAAAAGUAUCGUCCCGAUUUGGAGACAGUUUUAGAGGUUCCUCACAAGAACACUACAAAGCCAAGGAACAGAAAGAAAUCGGACACAAUUGGAGAGGUCCCUCGCAAGAAGACAACAACAAAGCUAUGGAACAGAAUGAAAUCAUCGAUUGAAUCAAAAAGAUCAGUAAAGAAAUCAACGUCAAUGGCUAGCGAUGGCACGACACUAGCUAGCUUACUUGAAGUUAUUGGUGCCCCCUUGACUCCAGCUACUCUUUGUUUCAACAACGAUGGUCACCAACCCCUCGCCAGGGCUAAAUACAUUGUGAAGCAGUACGUAGCGGCGGUGGGCGGGGAGAAGGCUUUGUCAUCAUCGGACAACUUAUUUGCGACAGGCAAUGUGAAGAUCACGAUGACAAACAGGACUGGAAGCUCGAAGUCCAUUAGCGGUGGCAGCGGACAUGGAAUGCCGGGGUUGCUUUGGCAAAAGGGGGAGCUAUGGUGCUUGGACCUAAUGUUGUCUCCUGUCCACAAAUUAGUUAGCACGGGGAGUGAUGGCAAGACGCUUUUGCCUUGGCAUUACUCCCACGCGUAUCGAGUACCGCCUCUUCCCCUUGGACCUCUCCUUCAGGGUCUUAAUCCGAGGAUAACAGCAAAUUUAUUCAGCAAGUCAGAUUGGUUUGCGGACAAAUCAAUAAACAAAGAGGACUGCUUCAUACUUGAACUGAUGGUUGAACCUUCAAAACUAAGCAGCAGCAACAACGUAGAGACAGUGCGACACACCAUUUUGGGCUACUUCAGCCAGAAAACAGGCCUCUUGGUGAAGCUAGAAGACUCUCGUCGGCUAAGGUUGACAGCUUUGGGAAAGCAUAGUGACUGGGAAUCAACAAUGGAGUCAUACUUCCAAGAUUACAGAGCCAUCGACGGCGUGAACAUUGCACACAGGGUCAGUACUUGUGUGUCGUUGCGUGAGGAAAGCUCGGAAGGCCAUUCUCUGAGAAGAAAAGUGAAAUUGGUUUGGGAACUUGAAGAUGUAGGUUUGGACGUCAAGGCGUUGUCCAUGGAGUGGUUCUUGCCUCGUUGUGAUAUGAAAACAGAGGAAGAACGACGUGGGUUGGUGACGUCUAAUUCUGGUGCAAAAUCAACAUCCAGACUAGUAUCUCCUUCUAUGAGAUUUGAAGCUAGCAAAAUAGUACCCAUUGAUGACUCCGAUGAAGAUCUAGAAAGUUGUGACAUUAGUGACCAGGAGGAUGACUUCGACAAUUUUUAA